AUGCUCUGCUGGCUGACCGGCCUCCCGCACAAUAGGGUCUACGAUCGCCUUAAGCAGCAGGUUAAAUCCGUGCUAAGCAACGCCGACGAUUAUUCCACAGAUACCAAAUGGUACAUGGCCGCGCAGCCCAAAUCAGUCACCGCCACAAAUCUGGCCGCCGCCCUUCACGAUGCCACGUCCCACUCCCCCGCCCUGCUCACCAGGGUGCUAGGCUACGGCGACGCAUCCACAACCUACGCCGUUGACUUCUAUAGCAACGCACUGCAACUGUAUUACCCGCAGGACGCCGACGAUUGCCUCCAUCUGCUGUUCCACAUCUUCCGCCUAGUGUUCCCAGUGCUCAGAUUUCUGUUCACUCAGUGCUCACGGCCCGCCCACCACGGCGGCUGGGCGGACUGCCGGUACGGCAAGGGCGUCCCACCAUACACGUGGCAGUGCGCUCCUCCGGUCACCGCCCUGCCUACCCCUCACCCGGAGUGCACUGAUAAGUCCCCUUUGAUGUCGUACCUAAACGACUGCCUGCCCGGCCAUCUGCCUCACCAGGUUACUAACAUCGGCUGUGAGCCUGUAUGUCAGACGUGUCUUACCAGCGAACUUAGCACGCCCUGUCUCACUCCGCUCGGCUUCCGGGGUUUCUCUGGAAGUACGAGGACAGGCAAGGAGCUGUGCAAAGUGCUGACCAAAUGGUUCGGCAACGUCCAUAUCAAAUCGCUGCUCAGCCUCUGUCCCAGACCGCCGGCUACGCUGGCUGAGCACAUUUCCUUUGCCUCAUCUCUCGUUGGUGUCCAUGACCUCUACCGCGAGCCCGGCAAGCUCACAGAUGCUCUGCGUGAUGCUUACGGCAACGGUCGGAGCGGUCAUGGCAUUCAGCAUUCUACUGCCCAAAAUACCGACCUGUCCAGCCUGUCGAUGCCAAGGUGCUGUGCGCUUCCCAACGACGCCAGCAUCAACUGCGCUCCCUUCCUAUCAGCCCUGUGCAGCGAUGCAUAUCAUUGCUUACCUCACCGACACGCCGACGUCUACCUCUCAUGGGCCGUCUACCUCCCGUGGACAUUAUAUGAGCUGUUGCUAUCAUUGAAGACUGCCUUCCAAGCCAUCUCCUGCCGGGACUGGGGCUGCGGUGAUUGCCUUCACGAGGAACCUUGUGACCCGGGCAGCCACGGCCUCCCAGUCCCCAGUCGCCGGGGCACAGCUGCCGAUGCCGCUCCAUCGUCGGCUGCAAGGGCGUGA